AUGAGUGUCAAACUCGUGUCAAGUCCCACUCCCACAGCUUCAAGUUGCUUAAUCUAUCAUAAAAGCUCUUUGACUUUCGUAAGAAAAAAAUGGCUCUUGACCAAAGACACAUUCAACAGUGACAACAAGAGCAGGAACCAGAAGACCCCAGCCACAACAAGAGCAGGAACCAGAAGACCCCAGCCACAACAAGAGCAGGAACCAGAAGACCCCAGCCACAACAAGAGCAGGAACCACAAGACCCCAGCCACAACAAGAGCAGGAACCAGAAGACCCCAGCUACAACAAGAGCAGGAACCAGAAGACCCCAGCUACAACAAGAGCAGGAAAGAGAACACCCCAGCUACAACAAGAGCAGGAACCAGAAGACCCCAGCCACAACAAGAGCAGGAACCAGAAGACCCCAGCCACAACAAGAGCAGGAACCAGAAGACCCCAGCCACAACAAGAGCAGGAACCACAAGACCCCAGCCACAACAAGAGCAGGAACCACAAGACCCCAGCUACAACAAGAGCAGGAACCAGAAGACCCCAGCCACAACAAGAGCAGGAACCACAAGACCCCAGCCACAACAAGAGCAGGAACCAGAAGACCCCAGCCACAACAAGAGCAGGAACCAGAAGACCCCAGCCACAACAAGAGCAGGAACCAGAAGACCCCAGCCACAACAAGAGCAGGAACCACAAGACCCCAGCCACAACAAGAGCAGGAACCAGAAGACCCCAGCCACAACAAGAGCAGGAACCAGAAGACCCCAGCCACAACAAGAGCAGGAACCAGAAGACCCCAGCCACAACAAGAGCAGGAACCACAAGACCCCAGCCACAACAAGAGCAGGAACCACAAGACCCCAGCCACAACAAGAGCAGGAACCAGAAGACCCCAGCCACAACAAGAGCAGGAACCAGAAGACCCCAGCCACAACAAGAGCAGGAACUAGAAGACCCCAGCCACAACAAGAGCAGGAACCAGAAGACCCCAGCCACAACAAGAGCAGGAACCAGAAGACCCCAGCCACAACAAGAGCAGGAACCAGAAGACCCCAGCCACAACAAGAGCAGGAACCAGAAGACCCCAGCUACAACAAGAGCAGGAACCAGAAGACCCCAGCCACAACAAGAGCAGGAACAACAAGACCCCAGCCACAACAAGAGCAGGAACAACAAGACCCCAGCUACAACAAGAGCAGGAACAACAAGACCCCAGCUACAACAAGAGCAGGAACAACAAGACCCCAGCUACAACAAGAGCAGGAACCAGAAGACCCCAGCUACAACAAGAGCAGGAACAACAAGACCCCAGCCACAACAAGAGCAGGAACAACAAGACCCCAGCCACAACAAGAGCAGGAACAACAAGACCCCAGCCACAUCAAGAGCAGGAACCACAAGACCCCAGCCACAACAAGAGCAGGAAAGAGAACACCCCAGCUACGACAAGAGCAGGAAAGAGAACACCCCAGCUACAACAAGAGCAGGAAAGAGAACACCCCAGCCACAACAAGAGCAGGAAAGAGAACACCCCAGCCACAACAAGAGCAGGAAAGAGAACACCCCAGCUACAACAAGAGCAGGAAAGAGAACACCCCAGCCACAACAAGAGCAGGAAAGAGAACACCCCAGCCACAACAAGAGCAGGAAAGAGAACACCCCAGCUACAACAAGAGCAGGAAAGAGAACACCCCAGCUACAACAAGAGCAGGAAAGAGAACACCCCAGCCACAACAAGAGCAGGAAAGAGAACACCCCAGCUACAACAAGAGCAGGAAAGAGAACACCCCAGCUACAACAAGAGCAGGAAAGAGAACACCCCAGCCACAACAAGAGCAGGAAAGAGAACACCCCAGCCACAACAAGAGCAGGAAAGAGAACACCCCAGCUACAACAAGAGCAGGAAAGAGAACACCCCAGCUACAACAAGAGCAGGAAAGAGAACACCCCAGCCACAACAAGAGCAGGAAAGAGAACACGCCAGCCACAACAAGAGCAGGAAAGAGAACACGCCAGCUACAACAAGAGCAGGAAAGAGAACACCCCAGCUACAACAAGAGCAGGAAAGAGAACACCCCAGCCACAACAAGAGCAGGAAAGAGAACACCCCAGCCACAACAAGAGCAGGAACCACAAGACCCCAGCCACAUCAAGAGCAGGAACCAGAAGACCCCAGCCACAACAAGAGCAGGAACCACAAGACCCCAGCCACAACAAGAGCAGGAACACAAGGACCUAAAACACACACCUUUUAAAAUAUCAAAUUAA